AUGUACACGAGAAAGACAGAAAUCAACGCGGCGACGCCUCCUUCGCUGCUCCCCCAAAUCCUACUCAUUUUAAUUCAAAUCACUUCUACCGCCGCCUUGGACGUCUUCAGCCUCGACGACACUAAAAUAUUCCAUAACCCUAACUUUGACAAGGGCUAUGUUUUCGAAAAAUUGGUCAGUUUUCAUUAGAUUUUUUGCCUUGUAUUUGAAAAGUUGGUCAUUCUUACUUGGUAUUUUAUCUUUUUUUUGAGCUUCCACAACUAUUGCAAGAGCUGUGUUUUACAAAAAUUGGUUUUUUUUUGGAUUUUGAGACUUUUUUGAGCUUCCAAAGCUUAGGGGUGUCUUUGAAAAGUUUUUUUGGGUUUUUAGCUUUUUUUUUUUAAAGCUCUUAUAACCUUAAUUCAGACAUGGGAUUUGAAAAAUCGGUCAGUUUUUUUAUUUGGAUUUCUAGCUCCCUUGAAGUUCUUACAACCCUAAUUUUGACAAAAGCUAUUUUUUUGAAAAAUCCAGUUUUUUUUUAGAUUUUCAGCUUUACCUAACCUUAAAAUUCUUAAAUUCACCUAGUUCAAUUUUCCUAAAUUUGAUUUUUUCUUCAUUCCUAACUACCAUCUGUUUCUAUAGCCAUAAUUUGGAGGUUUCUGACUUCUCUGCGUUUUCUAUUUACGUACUGUUUUCUAUCAUUUCGACCUCGUCGAUGAGGGAAAAGAGAGCGCAGACAGGUCAGACAGCUUGAAGUUAUAUCAAUUUGAGUCUCCGUACUUUUCUGAGUUUUUGCUCGAUUGCAAUCGACUUUUGAUUGUUUUCGCUACUUUUCUUAUCUCCGUUCUAAUCGACCUGUCUUUAUCGAUUUUUCUGCAUUUUCCAUCGAUUUUUUUCCAGUCUUCCUAUAGGACAGGGGGUAUAUAGGUGGCCUGAGAUCGGAAAAAGAGGAAAAGAAAACAAUUGGGCCGAAUAAUUUAGUACAUGUGUGCUCUGCGGACAAAGUUUUCUACCGAAUUUUUUUUUUCCAGAAAAAUCUUAUUCUGUUUUGUACAUUGCUGUAAAAUUAGGGUUUUUUUAGAAACAAAUUUAUUAAAAAUAAUUUAUUUUACCUAUGAUAUGUUUCCCUUUUCUCAUUUUCACAGAAAUUCGAUUUUGGUACUGUUCAAAUUUGUCUGUAGAGCGCAUAUUCUGUCUUAAACUCUGUAUUUUUUAGGGCGACUUUUGUAUCUUGAAGAAAAUAAAAAAAAUUUCAAUGAUUCAGUAGAGAACCUUUUCUGAAGACUGAAUAAAAUAUUAAACUUGAGAAAAGUCGCUCUUUUUACUCAAAACUUGACGAUAAACACUCGAAAAAAGGGCUGAAACGUGUUGUACAGGCGCGUGUAUCACUUAUAAUUAGUGUUUGUGAAGAAGAUUAGCCGCGGCUGAGCCGCUCGCAGGGCCCACCAAAUGACAACCUUUGCUUAGACUUUAGUCGCCAGAACGUAGAAUAAUACGAAAAAACAUGGAGAAUUUUUGGAAAGAUCGAUUUUUGUUGAACAAACUGUAAACUUAAGAGAACUAAAUACGUUUUAGGGGGGUUCUUUAACCUUUUUUUGUGUAGUUUUUGCACAGUUUUAGUUCCUGUCCAUAUUUCUGUCUUUUUCUUCGGCCAGAGUACUGAAAUUUCGCACUAAUAGUUGAGGAAUAGGCUUCUUCCUUUUUGGAUCUUUAAUGACACUUGAAGCUCAAAAACUGAAGUUUCGGGCCUCAAAAGUAGGAAAAUUAUAGAAAAUGUCUUUUUUUCCUGGCGAUCGAUUGUUUGAAAACUUUUGAAGCUCAAAAAUUAACGUUUCAAGAUCAAAAAGUAGAAAAAUUGUACAAAAUAGCUCUUUUUCAGGUUUUUUUGUUCUCAGUUUUACAAUAUAUUUCCUAGGUCAGUCCCCUCAAAACGAAUUAAAAAGCUCAGAAUAUUUGUUUCAAGCCUUCAAGUUAGAAAAAAAAGUAGAAAUUAUCUUUUUUUCCAGGCUGUCGAUCCUACUACAGCUCUUGAAGCAUUUUAAAAAAAAAUUGAGGCCUCAAGUUUUGAAAACUGAAAACAGUGUAGAAAAUGGCCUUUUUUUCUGAGCGAUCAAUCCUUCUAUAACUUUUGCAGUUAAAACAUGAACUUCCAAGGCUUCAAAGUAGAAAACGAAUUUUUUUUUCAAGGCGAUCGAUCCUUCUAAAGAUUUUGAAGCCGAAAAACUGAAAUCUCAAGCCUUUAAAGUAGAAAAAAUCGAUGAAAUUGGCCUUUUUUCAGGCAUUUGAUUCUUCUCCAUACAUUUGAAGUCUAAAAGCUGGAGUCUUAAUCUUGAAAAAUAGAAAAAUUGUAGAGAAUCGUCUUUUUUCUGGUCAAAGGAUCCUUCUAGAGCUGUUUGAAGUUUCAAAUUUGAAGUUUCACGCUCAGAAAAUAAAAAAACUUGUAGAAAAUCGUCUUUUUUUUGGUCAAAUGAUCCUUCUAGAGCUAUUUGAAGUUGCAUAUUUGAAGUUUCGAGCCUAAAAAGUAGAAAAAAUAGUGAAAAUGGGCUUUCUUCCAGGCGAUCGACCCUUCGACAACGCGGCUCUUCGUCGGCGGCGUCAACCACCUGUACGACCUGCUCCCGGGCGACCUGGAAAUCCAUCGGCACGUCGUGACAGGCCCAAAAGACGACUCACUCCACUGCCAGGGUCGGUCCUCCUCUUGUCUCGACGAUUUAUCGCCGCUUCAUGUCCUUCCUAUCCGAGUCAGCUGACUCUUUCCCCCCUGAUCUCUCAAUCGACGACAUUUAUCAAUCGGUUUUGUUCCCUUUCUGUAAGAUUAAACUCCAUCUUCCACUUUCGCCGUCCUAUUGAAAGGAUUUCCUGGAGAAUACUUGAUAUGGCGGUUUUUUGAGCUGGGAGUAGGGGAAAGCACUUUAUUUGUACUUUUGGAGGGAUUGGUAAUGGAAAUAUUGGGUUUUGAACUUUGUAUAUAGGAAAACUGUCCUUUUUUUUGAAUCUUCUGGAAGAAUUUUAGAGGAGUUGGUACUUGAAAUAUUGCGUUUUUAGCUUGGAAUAUGGAAAAAACCACUUUUUUUGAACUUCUGGAAGAGUUUUAGAGGAGUUGGUACGUGAAAUAUUGGGUUUUGAGCUGGGAAUAAGUAAAAAAGGUACUUUUUUGAACUUUUGGAAGAAUUUCAGAAGAAAUGAUAUUGUAAAUAUUGAGUUUAGAGCUUGGAACAUGAAAAAAGCACCUUUUUGAACUUUUGGAAGGAUUUUAAGAGAAUUGAUGUUGAAAAUAUUGGACUUGGAGUUUGAAAUAUGGAAAGAAAUGUACUUUUUUGAACUUCUGGAAAACUUUUAGAGAGGUUUGCACUUCAAAUAUUGGGGUUUUGAGCUUGGAAUAUAAAAAAGGGCACUUUUUUGAACUUCUGGUAGGAUUUUGGAAGAACUUUUUAGUUUGAAUAUUGAGUUUUGAGCUUGGAAUCUGGAAAAAAGGGUUCGUUUUUUGAACUUUUUAAAGAUUUUGGAAGAUUUUGUACUGGAAAUAUUGGGUAUUGAGCGUAAGAUAUGGUAAAAGCAUCAUUUGGGGUCUUUUUUGUGAGGUUUUCGGUUUGGACAAGUAAUGAGAAGCCUUUUUUUAGUCUUUUGUAGAGGAUUUUUGAGAUUUUUGUAAUGAAAAACGUAUUUUUUUUAGUAAAUUUGAGCCUUUUUCUGGAUUCCUGGGGUUCUGGUACGUAGAAAAGAAGUGAUUUUCAACACAGCCCCAUGCUCCCCCAUUCAUAAUAUCCUUGAGCUUUCACCACUUUCAUUCCCGAAUCGGAAUCCGUCGCUUUUCAUUCAAUCAUUCAUAAAAAGUCGUUAAGGGUAAAAAACGAGUUCGCCGCUUUUUUUUUUGGGCUGUCUCUCACACGCGCGCACUUGCCGUUUACUACUAUACGGAACAAAUCGAUUUGAAAGUCUUUUUUCUGGUCCUUAAACGGUUCUGGGGAGGCUAGUUAUAGUAAAUGGGCGCUUCUCGCACGAAAAAAAGCGCUUGGGGGUUAGCUGGGGUUCUUCGAAAGGUUUUUCUUUGGGUAAGGGACCUUGUUAUGAAAAAAAUUAUUUUUUUGAUUUAUAGUUGAAAUUGAAAGUUUGAAGCUUACCUUGAAAGAUAAAAAGGACUGUCAAUUUUAAAGAUCCAAAAAAACUUGAAAUUUUUCCAUUUUUUCAAGACAAGGCGUCUUCAAGUCGCCAAAAGACCCAUUCAAACGAAUUCCUAUGCUUUUUUUUGACUUCGGGGCGGUCGAGUUUGAAGUUGGACCUUUUGAUAGGUUUCAGGAACAAAUAGAAGAGUUCCCAGGUCAAUUUUUGUCUCUAGAAAAAAUCCCAAGACUUUCAAAUGCAAUCGAUCAAAGAUUGAGAAGGGUUGUCUAAUUGCGGAAUGAGUGAGGAUGAUGUGGGUGGAGGCCAUUUGUCGAAUUCUUCAGUGUCCCUUGGGUUAUCCUCCUUCUCCGACAACACACAGACCCACAGACAAACGCUGCUGUUGUUGUACAAUCCCACUUCGCUUUCCGAACGGCUUCCUUUGGAACUAAGAAGCGGAGAAAAUGAAUAAAGUCGACCGGCUUAUGGUUUCGGGUCGGCCCGCGUGCCUUUUUCCGCGCACUGUUCCCUUCAAGUGUUUUCUUUUUUUUCCCUCCGCCUCGUUGGAAAGUCUGUUCUUCGCCUUCACUUGUUGCUAUUUGGGAAAGCAGCGGGAAGGCUGGGAAUUAGGGAAAAAAAAAUUGUUUGGCGGUCAAGGGAAGAGCCUGGAAAAUUGUUAGCUUGACAAUAAGGGAAAAUUUUUUUUCUUUUCGAUCUUUAAACAUGAUCAGAUAAUACUUGAUUCACUCCUGAUUCCAAAUCACUUUAGUAUGUGUGUUAUUCAAGAUACCAACAUAUUAUGGAAGGUACAUAGAAUUUCGAAGAGCUAUGACUCGACUAAAGGGCAAAUUUUACAAUCACGACACCAAAAUCACAAAUUUGUAUCGUUUACCUAAGCUGUUUCCUUGUCAGCAAGAUACUCGGAAGUGUACCCAUCGUAUUAUGAGAAGGUUUAUAACUGGAGUUGAGCAAAUUACAUAAGCGCCAGCUUGCAGCUGACCGAGCAAACACAAGGGGGCACAAAUCAGAUGGUGUUUGUAGGAGGAACUGAGCGGUAGUUGACAUUUGAGUGUCACUUUGUUGAUCCUCACCUUGGUGGGUCUCUAGCAGUCUUUCUUCCGUUGAGCUCAGGUCAAGGGAAGGAUUUUCUUUGUGCUCGAACUGGAUAUAGUGCAUCUAGUCGCAAUCAGUAGGGAGGUCAUUUCACUUUGCGGUUGGGAAUAUUCUGAAAGGCCAGAACACUCCUGGAUGUACCAGAUGAAGGUCCUGAAACCUGCAAAACUUCCUAGUUUUCGAGAAUUAAGGACUCAAAAAAGCCUAUUUUUUAUGGAUUUUGAACGUGCUCUUUGACUUUGAGGCGUCUUUUCUCAGAAACGAGGGAGUUGUGAAUAGGGUCCGCAAGCCAUUUCUUCAGAAUGAUUCAAAAAAUAUGUUUUUCACAUUGUUCGAUAGGGGAGACUGUCCAUUUUCAUAAUCCGUUUAGUUUUUGAAAAAAGGUUCACUAAGAAAAAAGUUAUGGCCAAAAAACGAGCGCGCGCGGCGUACAACUGGAGGCAAAAAUCUCACGGGUACCCGCUGCCGCACGCUUUCUUUUUAAAUGUUUUUUUGCGCGUUUCUGGACCGUUUUUUUAAAUCGGUUUUUCUGUUCUGAGAGGUUGUCCGAACUGAGCCUCAUGUUUUGCUAUGAAUCUUUUGUACAAUCCUCAUAAGAAUUUUUUUGAUGAAAUAUCAAAAAAACUACCUAGAAAAAAAGGUCAAAGGGAUUUUUUUCAGCUUAUUUUUUUCUUUUUUUCUACUCAGAAAAAAAUUAUUAUCAUUUGAUUUGGAAAAAAAGAAAAAAAUGAAAAAAAUAAUGUUAUUUCGAAAUAAAACAGGAAAAAGUGCAAUUUGACUCCGAAAAAAACGGCUCCUGCGACAUUUAAAAGGGCGCAUCGGUGUGUUUGACGCAAACACUGCUACGGACACUUGCACGAAAUCUUCCGAAAUUUCAAAAAUUGCCAUUUUUUUCGAGGUUUUUCAAAGCUGUUAUUUUUUUCGCGUCGAUCGAUUUUUUUCAUAAUUUUUUUCAUUGAUAGAGUUUUUGAACGCUUAAUAACAUUAUCAAAAAAAUAUAGACGCGAUCCUAUUCUCUCAUGCGUCAACGAGGCAGGCGAAAAAAAGGAGGUUUUGGUAAAACUCAAAUAUAAUUUGAUUCGCUGUCCCAAUAAUUAUUUUCAUUUUUGAAUUUUUUUAUUUCUUUGGACACACUGUUAGUUUUUUAAAUCAAAUAAAAAGUAUACCAUGUCGCUGAAAUUUUUUUCGCAUUUCAGCUUCAAAGUUUGGUGUCACUUUACAAGCUUUAAUAUUUUUUUCGCGUCGGUAGAUUUUUUUCAUUUUCACUCAAAAAAUAAAGAAAGUGUUAAUGUAUAACAUACUAAAAAAAUUUAGAAGCGUUCCUCACUUGGUUUUCUGAAACGCGACGAUUUUUGUGAAACUUGUCAGUUUUUUUCGUGUUAAAUCUUACUUUUUUUCGCUUAUUUUUUUGAAAAAAAUACAUAGUUUUAAAAAAAUAUUCAGUCUUGUAGAGCGUUGUCGAUUACAUAGAUUAACAGAAACAGUUGAUUUUUAAAGUGGGACUUUAGCUAGUAUAAACGCCUCAAAACCGUUUUUGCAACAAAAAAAUCGUCAUUUUGGUGGCGUGAAGGGGCGGGGCUUUGCGCCCCCUAGUUGUGAAGGUUGAAACUUUCAGAGUCUUUUUCUGGUACAUCAAGGAGCGUUCUGCCCAAUUUGCAGGAAAAUCCCAAGAAAGUAAAAUGACCUCCCUUGUCAGAAGUUUCUAGGAUCGGUUAGAGCUCCAUAAAAAGAAGAGCGGUUUCUUUUAUUUGCCCCAAAUCCCAGGUUCACACCAAACUCGAUACGCCUAGCGUACAGGUUUUACCCAAAUCCAAUCCAACAAAAAAAAAAGGGUGUGUUGAGAGAUCCGCCGCCAACCCAUGGAUUAUUUCUGAAUAGAUUGAAUCGAUGAUCGUCCGGCACGGCACAUUUGGCGUGAGAGAAUGUUUCGUGACACGCAUCUUUCAUCGAAGAGCCAAAUCGAAACGUGUGUGUCGCGUCUCGACGGUUCCCUGGAGAGCUCUUACAGACUGGAUUCUCAUGCCUAGAAAUGGGUCCCCUCUCAUAAAAACCCACCGAAGAAGACAAGUUGCAGCAGUUAUUUUUCAAAAAAGUCAUAUCGAAAAGUUUUGUUCUAUUCGCAUUUAUGUGGAACCUCUAGCGUAGAAGUUUUGUGUGAACAUAGGCCUUUUUUGCGCAAUCGAUAAUAAUAAGGAAAGAGGAGAGUACUUGGGGAUCCAGCUGCGAAAAUUGAGCCGCGGUUGGGAAAGGGGUCCGUCGGGGUUACCACUAUGAAGGGGGGUGACGAAUACCUAAUAAUAAGGGAAAAAAUAGCUUAUAUUCUUCCUCUUCAUUGAUUCUUUCGUUUUCGCUAGCGUUCCCAAGACUCGAGAAAGGCUAUUAUUGUAAAAUCUAACACAGAGGUUCAUGAGAGCUGAAAAAUCAAAAAAUAACGGUUUUGGUAUAGAUUUUGGAAACUUUGGAGCGUGUCUUCCCGACUUUUCCUUUGGAAGCAGAAAAGUGAGAAAUUAGAAGCAGAUCUUACUUGACCGACCCUUGAUCAAAUAAGUAUCAUAUUGCUCGCCUUUUUUGGCGGAAUAAUCGGCCCUGGCCAUUCAUCUGGACAUCUCCUCUUUUGUCUUUUUGGUCAGGAACUGUCGCAAAAAAUUGGCCAACGGGAUCCUAUUUUGCGAAUUUAUCGAGUCUUCCUUUUUUAGGCUCCAGGAAGGGUAAAAUGGAGAGGGAUAGCUUAAAAAAAGCCAAUGUAGGAUGAUAAAAAGUGGCAAAAAAAGCAGCCGUAUGAGAGCAUUUUUGAAAAAAUUGGUCCGUACAAGACCAAUUUUUAGUGGUACUGGAGGUCCCUUCCAACUUUGAAAAUAAGCUACAAGGAGAUCCUACUUGACCGACUCUUAACCAACCGCAUAUCCAUGUCACACGGCUUUCCUUUUUUUCGGCGUGCGGAAUAAUCGGCCCUGGCCAUUCAUCUGGACGGUGGCAUCUCCUCUUUUGUCUUUUUGUGUGCUCGAGUGGCGGAUACUCAAGAUUAGCGCGCCGCGCCCUUUUAUUUGAGAUUACUCGAGUCGGUCGGUCUGGGGGGCCCCGUCGGCGCGCCGACACACACUUGUCCGUUUUGAUGUUCAAGUGCUGAACACGCGAAUUUCGCGCGACGACAAUGACGAUGAGCCCUUGGAGGGCUGAUUCACGGCCAAAGAUGUUGCGAAUUGAAUUGGAUGCAUGGGAUUUGGACUUGGAAGUGUGGAGGAGAGAGGAGGAGAGGAAUAAAAAUAAAGGAUUCAUACUUUUGAAAACGCCAGAGUGGCCCCUAACCUACAAGGGCCCCUAUAGGAACCCCUCUGGAGUUCUCAAGCAUAUAAAAAACAGUGAAUCUUCAAAGGAUUGGUUCUGGAAUGACUUGGAGGCAACCUGUGAAUGUUUUUUACUGACAAGCUAUCGUUCCAAAAAAGAGGUUAACCCGAAGAUGAUAACUAUUCAAGGGCCCUUGUGGUUGCCCCUAUAGGAACCACUCUAAAGUUUUCAUGCAUAUUUCACAAAAAGAUCAGUAAAUCUUGAAAGGGAGGGUUCUGGAAUGACUUGGAGACUUUUAAAGCAUCCUGGGAGGACUAUAGUCCCUGAAAACGAUAACUUUCAAAAAUGAAUUUGGAAACAGUUUAAUAAGGAUCCUUGACUCCAAUUCAGUGAAGGAGCCAAGUUCCAGAAAGGAGAAGCUCAAUCCUGUACUUUCAGACGCCCGAAACGCCAAGGAAUGCAAGCACCCGCUGUUCAAGACCAACUCGUACACCAAGGCGUUGGCCAUCUACGACAAAUCCUCGAAACUCAUCGAAUGCUCCAAUCUCUAUCAGGUGAGACACAACGCUCUCUUAUCUCUAAAUGACAGCUUCCUAGUCUACUAUCAAAAGCGGGGUGUGAAUCUUUUCCUACAAUUUUUUUUCUGACCUCUUUGCGCUCUCUUUUCUCUAACUAGUUAAGAAUCUGAGAAAUUCCUAGUUUCCUAUCAAACUUUGUGUAUGAAUCUUUUUACAACUCAUUUUCUGUCUUCUCUGCGCGCUCUUCUCCAGGCAAUGCUCUUCUCUUGUUUCUAUGGCCUCAACGGGGAGAGAGGUGAGAGAAAAGAGAGCGCAGACAGGCUAGACUGUUUAAAAUCGCGUAGAAAGUGUUGAAUGGAAGUUUUCACUUCAGCCGCGUUGAAUAAGGAUGAAAAAAGGGAUAAAAAAUGUACUCCCUUCAGGGCCGAUGUCGACUCCGGAACCUGCACAACAUCUCGGAAGUCCUGGCCGAAGCCCAGGAGCCACGAGUCGCCAAUGACAACGAGUCGACCGUCGUCGUCUUUGUCGGAUCUGGACCUUCGAACUUGACCAAAGAACCCGUUUUGUACGUCGGAACGACUUUUCUUGGAGAAGCGGUUCGUUUAGGAAUCCUGAUCUUUAUUAUCCAUCCUUGCUCCACAGCUCGGAAUGACCUAGUGUCAAGUUUUCGGCCACAAAAAAAAAUAGAGAGUCCUCUAGCCGUCUCCUGGUCAGCCGGCGUAAACCAGCGUAGGUCGGGUGCAUGAAAAUCAAGCGGAAAAAGAGAUUUUGAGUAGGAAGAACUCUGGAAUUUUUAGACGAUCCGCGACUCGAUGGCGGUCUUCUCGCUGUACCUCCGACAGAACAACGCCUUCGAAGUGGUCCACCAAGGGCUCUACGGAGGGACCAGCGUCACUUUGGACUAUCGGAGUCGUGGAAUGUACAAGUGAGAAUAAUAAUGAUCUCUCAAUUUAUCUGGUUAUGUGACUUUUUUCAUUUUGUCAAACUCUUCAUUCUUUCUGUGUUCAUUUUGAGCAGCCUUUUUCCAUUUAUCCACCUUGGUCAAGGGCGAAUUUCAACCUUAUUUGGAGUCAUGGCGUCUCAAAUUAGCUAUCGAGCAGAAAAGUUAAAAAAAACCGUCCCCAGGAUCGACUACGUCGGAGGCUUCGAGAGCGGCGAGUUCGCCUACUUUGCGACGCGACAACGCAGCGGCAUCGCGGAAGACGCGCCGAUGCAGUCGCGACUCGUCCGCGUCUGCACCGGCGACCAGCAGUUCCACAGCUACACCGAAGUCCCACUCGAAUGCACGGCCGACGGCGUCGACUACAACCUCGUCCAGGACAUCUACGUCUCCAGGGCCGGUUAUGAACUCGCCAAGAACCUUGGUCUUAGGUAGAUUGUUUAUUUCGUCUUCUUAGGGCUUUUUCUAGAGGGUUUCUAUGCGAAGUCGUUUUUUUUGCGCAAAGAAAAUUUGGUUGUGAGUUUUUAUAGCAUUUUUCUUCACUCCAAUUUACUAUUAUUUGCAAUUUUGAAACAUUUUUCUGAGAUUUUCUUUUUUUUUAGAACUUUUCUUGAAGGUUCCGAGAAAAAAUACUGCAGUAAUGAGUUUCCAUAAGUUUUUUUCUUUACCUUUCACUCGAAGUUUAUUAAUAUUAAUUUUUUCCGAACUUGGCCUCAGAAUUGAUCUUUCAGCAAAAAAAAUAGCUUUUUUUUUUAGUAUUUCCUCACUUCAAUUCACAUUUAGAGACAUUUUCCACCUUUUUGAGCUCUAAUGAGAACUUUUCGGCUUCUCGUUUCCGUGCUAUUUUCAUGUUUUUAUGAUCUCGCCGGCGAGGGAAAAGAAACGCAGACAGGUCAGACCGUCGAAGGAACUAGCUAGCUAUUUUUCCCGUCAAAACUUUAAUUAUCUACAAAAUUCAACUUCUCUUGUAUUUUCCAGCGUGAGCGACCCAGUGAUGUACGCGGUGUUCUCCGAGGGCGACAGAUUUUCCUACCGGAAAUCGGAUCCGACGCAGCGGUCAGCAUUGUGCAUUUUCACGCUUCGCGAGAUCGAGGAAGCCUUCAAGAAGAACAUAAUGAACUGCUUCCGGGGGACGACUCGGCUCAAGGUUCAGACGAAUUUCGUCAUCCGUGGAAAAAAUAUUAGGAAAAUAGCAAAAAGAACGAGUCCCUUGUGGUUGAGUAGGGAAGGUUUUCGAAACUUUGAUUUUUUUUUUCUGGAGUUUAAGGGUUGUCUUUCGCGAUUUUUAACGGAAACAUUCAGGAACAGCUUCUUACCGUUAAUCUCACAUCUUUUAACGAGAAAGUUUGGAAAAGUCCGCUUUAUUGGAAUGAGAUAGGUAGAAUUUUAAUUCUUUGUCAAUCUAGCCGUGAUUCUGAGCUUCAACUUACAUUGAGCGAUUUUUGAAAGUUGAGUUUUUUACCCGUUAAAAAUAUCAUUUAGGCUCAAAAAAUGAAUGAAGUUAUCUAGAAGGAAAGAUUAAAGUUCAGAAAAAUAUGGUUGGUUUUCAAAAAUUUUUCAAUUUUUUUCUUGGUUUUUUUCCCAUAAGAGAUUAUAUGGCCCUUAGAAAAUAUUUUUAGUUACUGCGGAAACUUUAAGUGGCCACUAUAGAGCUCCCUCCUUGGAGAUUUAUUUUAUCUCACUCAAACACAAAAAAAAAACAAUGGUAAGUACUUGAGAUGACACCAAAGCGGCCACUAAAACGUUAAAACCCUAAAGUGACCACUAAAAGUUGUUCCAGUGCUGCAAGAUAAAUAAACUAUAUAAUAUCCAAUUUUUUCCAGCAACUGCCGUGGUUUUCUUCGAACGACGACUGCCGAGCGACGACUUUGCCUUGGGAGGGGAUGAAGUGCGGAAAAGACGUCAACGCCAAGAUCGGUAAGAGCCCAACAGGAACGACUUUUACGACGGUUUUCCUCUCCGACAGGUGGCAACUUCCCGAUUUCGGCGACGGCGGCGUUCACCAGCAGCGAGUCAAAGUUUACGGCGAUCGCCAUAAACACGACACGCGCCAAUACGGUCGCUUUUGUCGGCACCGAUGAGGGCAAUUUGCACAAGGUUCGGCUCUUUUUUGCAGCGUGGAAAAGAGGUUGAUGACUUUUUGAGUGGAAGGCAGGUUCGAUAGGGAAUAGGUUGUCAAGUUGCUCCGUCGGACCUAAAACGACUUGCGCCCUUUUUCAUCAGAAAUAUUUUGGACUACCCAAACAUCGGCUCUUUUAUCUCUUUUUGAAAAAAUACAAGGUUUUAGCUCAAGUCGCAGAAAGAGAGAUUCGUAUUGAAAUAGCUGCUCCAAGGUGCGUCGGACUUGAAACGACUUGCGCGUUAAGUCAUCAGAACAAGCCUUGGGAAGCCAUUAUCAGACAAUUUGAGAGAAUCGGAAAAUAAGCUUUUUUAGUCACCACAAGGUAGAUUCAGCGCUAGGUCGCCAAGUUGCUUCGCCGGACUUAAAACGGCUUGCGCGCUUUUUCAGCAGAAAACCCUUGGAUUAGGGGAGAAUGGGCCUUUUCUUAUUUUUAGAAGAGAUUCAAGGCUUCUUGAGUUAUUAGAAGAUAUAAUUGAGGUAGAAUAGCUCAACGCGCUGUCUCCAGACGCGUCGAACUUGGAACUUCUUGCCGAAUCUCAUCAGAAAAAAGCCUUGGAGCACGGGAAAAUGGGCCUUGUUUCUAUUUUGUAAAAAUUUUUGAAUGGAUACCUUUGAAAAGAUUUUAAAAAAGGUGAAAACGACUCUUUUCAAUGAUAAUUUAAGAGACAGUUCCUGGGAUGAGCUGUGAUCAAUAGUAGUCAAAAAAAAAGCCGACCAGAAAGUUUCCCUAGUUGAAGAAUCGUUCUCUGAUUUUUGAUUUUGUACAUUUUAUCUCCGGUCAUUGGUCCUUUGUCUAUUAGCUUCUUCGAUUUACUCAGUGAACUAUACAACUCCCGAUUCCAUUAGUUCAAAAUAGAACUAACGUAUUUUUUUUGUCUCUGGACACGCCAACCAGUUACAAACAUCCAUUUUCGGGCGUGGACGAAGCGAAAAUCAGCGGCGGCGGGGGCAAGCGGCUGCCUCCUCGUAACCGCGUUUUCCGCGUUCAAUUGGCCGAUGCCCAAAAUUGGUUUAGGGCCUCUGACUUGUUGAUGAGCCCCCACACUGGCUUGUGUCCACACACGGCCGUUCAUUCUCAUUGUUUUCUCCUUGGGAUCGGAGAUUUGGACCAAGUUUGGGGGUUAUUUACUGAAGAAGAACUGGAGAUAUUAAUUUUUUUAGUCUUGGGUUUGAUCGACUAGGCGGUGGAAACGAGCUUUUUAAGCUAUGGAAAAUGUAGGAAAAGGCAGAUUUUGAACGGAAAACUGGGGAGAUUAUUUAAAAAAAGGGUUCUGUGAGAAACCAUUGAUUUCGAUAGUCUCUUCUUUUUCCCCCGUGUCCGUGCGCUGCGUCGCCAUCGCUAUUAUUUACGUUCAAAUAUAAGACAUAAUAGUAACAUCGUUGCCUAGUUUUUUAGUAUCAGAAUAAUUAAUGUUUGGAACUCCCUUCCCGAUGUUGUAUUUGAUCUAUGUAAUGAUUCUAUGCGAUUCAAAAAUCUAUUUAGAAAACAACCCCGCAUCUUCUCGCUGACUUUCUUAAAAUAUCUUCUAACUUUUUAAACGGUUUGUUGCUGUUUUUCAAUGUUUAAAUUUCCCUUUUUUUAAAAAAAUUGGUUCUGUUAGAGGUCUUUUUCGGCCCUUGAACUGUAUUAUUAUUCGUAUUGAAUAAAUGAUGAUGAUAAAUGAUGAUGAAGUAGCCAAAAAAAGUACUGGAAAAGUAACAAACAGAUCCAUAAUUAGCAUUUUUUUUUUCAGUUGCUCCAAGGGAACUACACAGAAAAAUCAGAAAAAAAGCGAGCAGGACUAAAAAUUUCCUCAAUUUGUUCGAAAGGAUCUGAGGAUGUGUACACAUAAAAUAAGUCAAGAAAAGUUUGAAAAAUGGGUCAGAAUUUUUAUAAAAAGCUCUAGCCGCUUCUCAUAGUAGAUCUUAUAGAUAAUUAUCCAGAAAGUAGGGGAAAAAGUUCAGAAACUUUUUAAAAAAUUUAAAUCGAUGAGGAUUUUAAAGGGGGCGGCAUAGCUCAGCUGGCAUACCUCAUUUCUAACGUCCGCAAGGUCGUAGGUUCGAGUCCCCCCGAGGUCGACCAAGCCUUUCAUCCCUCCGGGGUAGAUAAAAUUGGGAGCUGCAUGCAGCGAAAAGGCUCAAUCUCUGCCAUCGGCCUUUGGAAAGCCGGCACCGUACUUCUUCCUACGACCUCUCUUGUACCUGAUGUUCUACGAGCGAAAUUCACAACUUCUCUGCCUAAGCCACAGCUCCUGCCGCCGUUUAAACACAGUUGAAAUCAAUGAAAGUCGAUUGCACAUGUACUCUUACAUUGAAGAUGCAAUAAACAGUAAAAAAACAGUAAAACAGGAUUUUAAGGGAGACCUUGAAAGAUAAUGUUUUAAUUUCCAGCUUAUGAGAAAAGAUUUAGUGAAUUUUGUUGAUCGGCUACAUAAAUGGGCAAAUAGAGGACUUCAUCAGUCAGGGUGGACCCACAAAAAGGUUAAAAAGAAGGUAUUAAAAUAAGUUUAACCCAAGGGUAGUACCAUUGAGAAAAAUAUAAUUACGGCUUUUAACUUCAGGGCUGCUUUUAGAAGAAAUUGGCGGCCUUCAAAGUUGGUCUGCCUAUAAAUAAUCGGAUACAAAAAACUUUAUCCUGAAAUCGGUUUAAAAAGUAAACUUCACUUGCAAUUUUUUCAAUUCUUCAGAUUCUCCUGGAAGGCCGGACGUCGGCCGAGCUCUACGCCACCGAAAACGUCACUUCAAACGAACCCGUUCUGGCCGACAUGGAAUUCAGCGGAUCGGGAAAGUUCAUCUACGUCCUCACUCCUUCAAAGGUUUCCCCUUCUUCCAUUUGUGAAAAAAGGCGGAAGAAGCUGAAGUAUCUCACGUCGAGUACCGAGGCCCUGUUUGCGCGAAUUGAAAAGAAAAGUUGAGCAUGGGAAAUUUCGAGUGUGUCGCCGCGAACAUUUGAGAUUUGCGAUAUCUUUCAAUGGAAACCAUUAAAAAAAGCCCUCUUUUUUGGCCCUUUUGAAAUGAACUGCGGAAGUGUGCCGCGUGUUGGAUUGUUUGCACGCAACAUUUGCGCCGCAAGUUUCGCUUUUUUUCCUUAAGAAAGUUGCCAUAUUUGGUGGAGUUCUAUUUGAGAUUGGUUUGAAGAAAGGGGUCGGAAUAGGUUGACUGAAAAUUUUCAAGUUUGUCACCUUUGGGAAUGUCAAAGAUUACCAUGUGGAAAAAAAUGUCCUGAAAGAUUUUGAAUUUUCUGAACAUGACUAGCUUGACCCCGAAAAUUCGAUAGUUCGUUAUGGGACUCUUGAGGGUUCCAAAUGGUUCUAUAUGAAAGAGGACCCUCUGAACACGAUGAAAAACUAGUUUACACCCGAUUCUGACCAUUUUGAGCCGAGAUUCGAAUUUUUGAAGUUUACAAAGAAUAAUUCGACUAUAACACCGAAAAAUCGAUAUUUAAAGAGCCCUAUGGGUUUUCGAGAGUACCAGAUGGUUCUAUAUGAAAGAGGACCAUCUGAACAAAACAAAAAAAUUUACUUCGCCCGAUUCUGAGCAUUUUGAGCACGAGAUAGGAAUUUAUCAACUUUACAAAGAAUAAGUCGAAUAAAACAUCGAAAAAUCGAUAUUUUGAGAACCCUAUGGUUUUUUGAGGGUUUCGAAUGGUUCUAUGUGAAAGAGGACCCUCUGAACACGAUAAAAAAAAUUUUACUUUAUCCGAUUCUGAGCAUUUUGAGUCGAGAUAAGAAUUUUCGAAGUUUUUUCCAGGAUGAACCAUGACAUCAAAAACACAAGAAAACAAUAGGAACCUUCUUGAAAAAUUAGUGAAGUAUAGCCUUUUUUUUCAUUGAAUAAAUCCGGCUUCUAGGAAAAGGCAAAAUCAUAAAUUGCUUUUGAAAAUCACUUUAGGAACCUUUAGAAGCUUCAAAAUUAAACAAAUUCUCAAAACUUCAGUAUAGGAGGUUACAUCUUGCGGGGUUUUUACCGCAUUUUUCCUUUCUUCACCUUUCCUCAGUUUCGAACGGAAAAAACCGCUUUGAUUCAAAAAAUGAUGUUGAAGGUGCUGAAAAUAGCGACAUCGCGGUGCGAAUCGCUGUCGAACUCUUGCGACGGAUGCCUCCAGAGCCGCGACCCGUACUGCGGCUGGUGCGUCGGGAACAAUGUCUGCACGGAAGAGGACGUCUGCGACUUGGUCGUACCUCAUACGUCCACCGGCUGGCUCGACUUCCAGAACAGCAAGUGUCCGAAGUGAGUUUAACGAUGAAUACGGCUUCAAGAAAAUUUUAAAAAAGGGCAGAAAAAAAUUUUCUGCUAUAAAAAAAGAAUGUAAAAAGUUUGGUAGGGACAAAAAGUGACGGGAAAAAUUUUUCUGCUUUCUAAAUAGCCGUAAAAAGUUUGAUAGUGACAAAAAAUGACAGUCAAAAUUAUUUUACUGCAUGAAAAACCCUAAAAAAAAUUGAUUUGAACGGAAUAAGACAUAGAAAUAGCCUACGCGGCGAUCAAAAAAGACCGAGUUUGAGAAUUCGAAGAGUUUGACGACUUCAUCAAAACCACAGGCGGAUCGAGAAGGUACCAUAAUGUGUCCACAAAGGUACCUCUCAAAAGGGAUCGUGAAGACCCCAUAAUGUGUCCAUCGUGAUACCUCCGGCAAACCUUUUAACUAUAUCUGAGCCAUCUCGGAGGUACUUUAGAGUCUCCCUCAAGCCCCUCUCAUUUUGCUCAAAAUCCUCAGAGGUAUCCUCGAGGUACCAUCGUGUUCAGAGCCAGCGAUAUACCUCCGAGGGUCUCGCGAUACCCUUUCUUGAUUCGCUUAUGAUCGUUCGAAAGCUAAAGUGUCAAAGGGUCUCAGAGCCAAAAUUGGGUAGAUCCUGUUUUUUUUUUGCGAUCAGGGUACUUUAGAAAACAUCACCGUAAAUUUAAGCAGAGUUUCAUUUUCUGGUCGAAGUUUUCAUUUUCAUUUCAGCGUGAGAUCCGUGGUCCCCGACAAGAUCCAAAUCACGACAGCCGACUAUUUGAACGUGACCGUCGAUAAUUUGAUGACGACCAAGGGCCGACGAUUGCAAUGUCUUUUCCACUUUAGUGACGGUCGGCAGGUCUCCAGCGAGCCUUCCGUUUUUGAUGGGUAACUUUUUUGAUUUUCAAUAGAGAUGGAACAUAAUUGAGAGGUUUUGAAAGCAAAAAAGGCUCAUCUAAUUUUUUUUAAUGUUAAUCAAAAAUUCGUAGUUUGAGAAAAAAAAGUGGGUCCUGACACACUAAAAGGGGUUUUUUUGGUUUCAGCUUUACCUUCAACCAUAGGGAAGUCGGUUAGAUUUUAACGGAUUGAAAAGAUUUAUCAAAAAUUAGAAUUUAUCUGUUGAAACAGGCGAAAUAGGUGAAAAAUGACCCAACUGGGUUUUCGCAGACCGCAACUACACAUAGAAAUCUCUUUUUCCAAUAUUUUUGGGGCUAAAAGUGAUUUUGGACAUUUUCAGCUCGAUUUAUCAGUUUUUUAGGGUCCUGAAAAUAUCAAUUUUAUUGGUUUUUCAUUCCAUUUAGUCUUGCUAAACUUUAAAAGUUCACAUUUUCAUUUCCAUAUCACUUUAGAAGCCUCCGAUGUGCCACUCCAGCAAUGGAAAAGCUCCCGAAUAUUCCCAAAAACCAGUACCAUCUGCCCGCCGAGCUGAGGAUCGUCGCUGAGGGUGCCACUUGAAUUUUUCCCCAUUUUUACAAAAUAUCCUCUUCCAGGAGGAAAUUUACCCCUGGCCUCUUCGAAUUUCUCGUUUUACGAUUGCGGCAGGUACAAUAGCUGUUCGUCCUGCUCGGCUAGCGAAUUCCCUUGCGAUUGGUUAGUUUUGUAGGUUACGGUAACGCAAACUUGUGCACUCCGUAGUGUUGGCGCGAAGUCCGUUUUUCGCGAAAGAGCGGGAUAUCUCUGCGCUCUCCUCAUCUCUCGACAUCUCUCUCUUGUUUACGUGCUAUUUCCAUGUUUCUCUGACCUCGACGGUGAGGGAACAGAGAGACGGAGACACGCAAAAAGUGUCAAGUCGCGGUGGACGGACUAUGCAAUUUAUAAUUUAUAAUUUAUUGAGAGAUUUGUGUGAACCUAACGAGUCUCAAAAAAAUGGUUCUUUCUCGAAAAUUUAUCAAGUACAAUGAGAUGAAAAGCUUCAUAUUGGGGAAAAAGGUACCAUUCAAUUUUUCAAGGUGCCUGGAAUCGAACGAAUGUGUGGCCGGGAAGUUGACCGAGGACAAAUGUCGGAAGCAACAUAUCGUCAAUGGGUUAAACGUAGGAUUUAUACUGAAAAAUCGAUAUAAUUUUUUUUCAAUUUUCCAGCGCGAUGGAAACUCAAGAAGGAAAGGCCCCUCGAAAUGCCCCCACAUUGUGUCGGCCGCCUCGAAAAUGUACGUGGCGACUGGAGAAAAAAGGAAUGUAUCCGUGAAGGUUUCAGACUGGGAACUGAUAGGAAUUAUCUUUUUUUCCAGGUUCAAAACUUGGACUCGUCUUUUAUGGGCGAUUUCCGGUGCGAGUUCCGGUUUGGAAGCACGGUUCAUGAGAAGUUGGCCACCAGGACUUCGGAUGAUACCAUCACGUGAGUUUGAAGUUCUUUAGGGCUUUAUGGGAGUGAUUUCACGAUCCUGGUUACUUGAAUUUCUAAAGAAAAAUAUCAUUUUAAAAAUUUUUGGUAUGACCUCAACUCGCGCAAAGUCGGAAUGGUGGAUAAUGGCCGCGAGAAGGGAGAGGUUUGAAAAAGGCUGCAGAAAGGGAGCAAAAAGGCCACAGAAAAGCAGCAAAAAGGCCGCAAAAAGGGCACAAAAAAUGGCCAUGCCCCUUUGAAAAUUGCAGAAGCUGACUUAAAUAGGCUCUGAAAUGUCCUGAAUUUUAAUUUUUUCCAGAUGCGAAGAGAUGCGUUUCGAACCCUACGGAACCUCCCUCGCCGGCGGCUCCACAUCCUUCGGCUUCAACGUCAUCUGGUCGUCGACGUCCUCCUCGAUCCCCCACCGGCUCGACAACAUCAACGACGUCUCCGUGGAAGUCUACGCCUGCGAAAUGCUGGCCACCAACUGCGGCCUCUGCCUCACCCUCGACGCCGAUAAGUUCGACUGCGGCUGGUGUGCCGUCGAAUCCAAGUGCACCAAGCCGCGGGCCUGCCGAGCACGCAACGCCGACGACUGGUUCAACAGCACCCAGCUCUGCCCGAACCCGGUCAUCCACGACUUCACCCCGAAGACUGGACCCGUCGGAGGUGGAACCAAGGUGGAUAAGACCUUCGAAGACAGACUCAAGUACACUUUUUCAGUUGACGAUCACCGGAGCGAACCUGGGUCGACGUGUUGAAGACGUCUCCCAGGCUGUCCAAGUCGCCAACGUCCCCUGCGAUGUGGUUCCGGAGGAAUAUGUCCCUUCCUCGAGGAUCGUCUGCAUUACCGGAAAAGCACCUGUUAGGGAGAGCAAAGGAGCCGUCGCGGUGAGUCUGUAGAAGAAUCUCAUGAGCUUGGCUUAUUUGAAGAGAAAGAAGAGAGAAUAACGGUGGCCUCAAGAGAGACCAGAAAAGUUAGACUGUCUAUUUUUCUCUGGUGUCUCUUCAGGCCGCCACAUCCACUAAGAAUAACUGACGAGAUAAACGCGAGGUCGGUGGCGGUACAUUGACGAGCUAGCAAACAUCUCGCUUUUUUCUAGGCGCGAUCUCGCAUUUUUCUUGGCGCCAUCUCGCAUUUAUCUUGCAUUUCGGAAAUUUUCGAAUUGCGAGAGAAAUGCGAGCUCGCGCCUAGAAAAAUGCGAGCUCGCGCCCAGAAAAAUGCGAGACAGGCGCGAGAAAAAAAGCGAGAUGUUUGCGAGCUCGUCAAUGUACCGCCAGUGUCUCGCGUUUAUCUCGGCAGUUAUUCUUAGUGUCUCUCAGAGCCAUUAUUUAUUAAAAAUUGCUCUCUUAUUUGGCGGAUCUGAUGUGUAGUACAUUUGAAUUGAUCGUUAUCACUAAGAAGGAUGAAAAUUAAGUGAAAUACGGGAAUUCCCUUUCAGGUGACCCUCCGCGCGGACGUUCUGAACUACUACGCUCACUCGACGGAGAGCUUCGCCUACGUGGAGCCGAUCGUCUCGUCGAUCCGACCGGCCAAGGGACCACGGUCCGGCGGCACCGACAUCACCCUGACCGGCGCCGACUUGGACGCCGGAACCGAGGUCGUCGCCAAAUUUGGCAACAUUCCCUGCGAAGUCCUGUCGCGGACCUCCAAACGGCUCGUCUGCCGAAUCGGACCUUCCGGAGACGACGGCGGCUAUUUCCCACUCCAGAUCGCCUUCGACAGCGCCCUCAGUCGAACAGCCAUCCCCAUCAACUUUGAGUUCACGUUAGUCUUGGAGUUUAUCCGAGAUUUAAGCUUUUUUUUUCAGGUCAAAUCCGGCCGUUUCCUCGGUUUUCCCCAACCGAACGAUUGCGUCUGGCGGAAUUCAGUUGGACGUCUCUGGUCAAGGAUUCUCACUGCUCCAGAGGCCCCGGCUGAUUCUCAUCGGAUCUAGGUGAAUAGGAUAGGAAGUAACUUGGGGCGUGGCGUGUCUGCGCUCUCCACCAACAAGACACUGUCUCUUUUAUCAUCGUGUCAAGACCCUUUUGGAUGGCUCAAGCCAGCCGUGAAUCAUCUAUAGAUCUGAUCAAAGAAUCAGCUUUUUGGCUUGUCUUUUGCUCUUUUCAUUCACUUUUUUUGACUUCAAGGGGUUACUUAAGCGGCCUCGUGACUGCAAAAAUCUCAUAGAGAGUAUAGUCUGUUCAUAUUUUUAAUUUCAAGUGCAAUGACGUCAUUCAAAAACGCUCUGUGGAUGACUCGCUCUCUGAUUGGUUUAUAGCGCCAUUAGGGGCGGAGCUUGAGCGACGACUUGACAUUCAAAAUCUGAGCAGACUAUAGAAAAAAAAAAUUCUUAAUCAGAAUCUCAACAAUGAUAAUUUUUCUUCAAGAAGCGAAAAGCAGUACGGUCCUCUGUGCUCCAUCGAAAGCGAUGCCUUGAUGAGAUGCGUGACCCCAGCGCUUCCACCCGGCGAAAACCAUCCGGUCCACGAAGCCGACCGCUCCUACGUCUCUCUCGAGUUCGACUUUGAUGGCUCCGAAGCUCAGUUAGUACUGAAAUAAACUAAAAAUCCUUAUCCUUUCACUUCCAGCCGCUCUCGAAUCACCGUCUUCCCUAAUCCGACAGUGGAAAGCUUUUCCGAAAUGCGCUUUUUGCGACCCGGCGACGAUUCCUUGACGAUCAAUGGCAAGGACCUCAACCUGGUAGCCUUGGAGCGCGACAUCCUGGUUACGGUCGGAGGGGUCAGCUGCCCGCUGACCGCCCUCGCCAACAGAGUCCUCACCUGCUCGCCGCCCGCCGAAAAGCCCGUCCUUCCCAGCGGAGUCCAGCCCGAAGUCGUUGUGCGCAUUGGGAACGUGACGUGAGUAUUGAAAUUAAGGAAAAAAAAUGCUUUGAAAUUAUGUUUGAAACGAGGUUAGGUAUCAAAAAAUGAAGUUGAUCUUCUGGCGGCUCAUGUUCAACGCGUAAAACAAGUCAUGUAUUGAAAUUAAAGAAAAAUGCGCCGAAAUCGAGUUUUCGAGCACUUUAAGGCUUUCAUUGGGUCAGGAAAAGGCAAAAUUUUUCAAGUUUUACCUUGAAAUUAUGGAGAAAAUGUUUCGAAAUAGGAAGCCUGCACGUCCAAAAGUAACCAGUUAUAAUUUUUCGCGCCGUAAAUUUUAAAUUGUGAGCUUUUUUGGUAUUUGCAGUCUGGAAGAAGAGUCAUUUACUUUUUUAAAAAACUGAGAAAAGUUUUUUUUUUGAAGAUUUUUUGGACUUUUGAUGGUAGAAUCUCUCCUUUUUGUGUACCUGACACUGUAAAUUCAGUUGAAUAUAAGUCGAUAUUUGUGUUCUAUUAAAGAAGUUUCGAAUUUCAGGUACACGUUGGGAGAACUUUCCUACGAUUCGCCGGGAUUCUCGUCCUCCGUUUACAUGAUCAUCCUCUCCUUCAUCGGAGCCAUGGUCGUCGGCCUGAUUUGUCUCGUGAUUCUCUACCGCCGGAAAACCAACACCCAUCAGCGACAAAUGAAGUACCUGAAAACGCAGAUGGACACCAUCGAGAUGAAGGUUUUCGGACCAAAAUGAAGAGUUUGAGAAAAAUAGAGAUUUUAAGGUUGCGACUGAGUGUAAAGAAGCCUUCGCGGAGCUGCAAACCUCGUUGAAUCAGUACACGGCCGACUUGCCCCUGGGAACUCCCGCGGCACCUUUUCUCGAGUACAAGGAUUACUGUGCUAGGGUUGGUGGAACUUGAAAAAUACGCGGGGGGGGGGGGUUUAAUUUUUCUCCUAGUCCGAGCUUCUUCAUUUGAUUAUGUAGGCCUGUGAGGAUGUGCUUGAAGAGACGCCAGAGAAAGAAGAGCUGUCUGCUUUUCUGGCGUCUCUUCAGGGCCUCGUUGAUCUCUCGCUCGUUUGUGUCCAGAAGUUUGUACUGUUCUCCUGGUCUAAGCUCUUCCAUUUGAUUAUGUAGGCCUAUGUAGAAUGAGCUUGAAGAGACGCCAGAGAAGAAAGGGCUGUCUGCUUCUCUGGCGUCUCUUCAGGGCCUCGUUGAUUUCUCGCUCUUUUGUGUCAAAAAGUUUGGAAUAUUCUCCUCGUCUGAGCUUCUUCAUUUGAUUAUGUAGACCUAUAGAGGAUGAGCUUGAAGAGACCCCAGAGAAUUAAGGGCUUUCUGUUUCUCUGGCGUCUCUUCAGGGCCUCCUUGAUCUCUCGCUUUUUUGCGGGAAAAAUCUGAAAAUUUAAAAAUUCAGGAAUCAGUUGUUUCCACAUCCAUCUAGAAAGAAAUAGUUCAAAAAUUGAUAAGAUCUUCAUUUUUGGUCUUUUCCUGAACCUCACCACAUUUUUGGCUUUAUCAGUGAAUUUUCCAAGUUCAGGUUCUCUUCCCCAACAACCAGAACCAUCCAGUUUUGCGGAUCCUUGAAGUCGACACCCACAAGGCGGAUAUCGUUGAGAAUGGCCUGAGAGAAUUCCACAAGUUGUUGAUGAAUAAGGUUCAUUCCCUCAGAAAAUCCUCAAACGGAAGAAGUUCCAGACGUUCUUCCUGACCAUGGUUCGGACGAUGGAAUCCAACAAAUAUUUCGUUGGAAAAGAUCGCGUCUACGUCGGCUCCCUGUUGAUGGUCGUUCUGCAGGUAGAUAAUUGGGAAAAAAGUAGGGAAAAAAUCAAUAAUUUUUAAAAUGGAAGAAGCCUCGGCACAAUACUGGAAAUUCAUAAUUUUGAUCGUUUUAACCGUAAAUAGAGCUGUUUCAUUGAAAAAAAAAGUUCAAUUUGAAUUUGGCGCCGAGGUAGUGAAGGAACGGUGUACAGAAAGUUGCUUACCGUAACCUUUUUUAGUCCAGGAAAAUGAUUUGCGGACUCACGUGCUUGUUUUAUUAUUGAAAGCUUUCAUGACUGGGGUUUUAAUAGAAACAAGAGGGGGGGGGAAGGCUGUCGGACUUUUCUGAGCUAUUCUAGGGGUCAUUUAAGAGGGCUGACGCUACUAAAGUGGUCACUAGAAAGGCUUCAAUCGUCCGGGGUGCGUCCGUUUUCCGUUACCAAGGUUCGAGUUAAAAUCGGUGAAAAAUAACGAUUUGUCUAUGGAGCAGCUUUGCUCGGAAGUUUUCGGAUUGACUUCUUUCCACAGAUAGUAACUUCUGUAUGACCUUGAGAAGCUCAAAAACUUUGCGUUAUUCUUAAAAUGUCAUGCUUUAGCGGCUCUAUACCUUUUUCGAAUAAAAUCAAGUCAGACUGUGGAAAAAAUAUGUACUUUCCUCUAGGAGAAAAUGGGCUACUGUACCGAAAUGCUGAAACAACUGCUCCGCGAACUCAUCGAAAGAACGGUCGAGAAGAAAUUCCAACCGAAGAUCCUGUUCCGACGAAGUGAGAGCGUCGCCGAGAGGAUGUUGGCCGCCUGGUUCACCUUCCUCAUGUACGAUCAUCUUACCGUAAGUUGAUUUUUUGAAGAAUUCAAGGAAAAUAUGUCGCAUUCUAGAACUACGACACGGGAAAACGGCUCUUCGAACUCUAUUGGGGAAUCAAGCAACAGAUGGAGAAGGGUCCGCAGGACGCCCUCACCUUGGAAGCCAGGUAAAUUCAUUCGCGUGUCCAAGAGAAGAGGAAAAAGCCUGCAAAUGACUUAAGUGGUCACUUUGGCUGAUAGAAACAUAUCUCGCGUUUUUGCGAGUGCUUGUGAAAUUGUAAAUUCAUUUCAAAGUGUAACCCUUAAGUGGCCCCUCAGUUUUGCCAAAAGAUUGGACUUUGAACCCUUUAAGAGGCCACUCGUCCUUUUUUCAAAAAGUUUUUGUUAUUGUUCAUACCCCUUAAGCAAUCCCUUAGUUUUGGCAAGAUCUUGAACUGUGGACUCCUCAAGUGGCCACUCGUCUCUUUUUCGAGAAAAUUUUGAUAUAGGAAAUUCUCCUCAAAGCAUAUUCCUCAAGGAAUCAUUUAGUUCAGGCAUAAAGAAAGAGAAAUAGCAUGUAAAAUUGAGAGAAAAGAAGGUUAGAGUUUUGAAAUAGAUGCAACUUUUGACAGAUAUUCUCUGUCGGAAGAGAAGUUGCUGAGGGCCACGUUUGAGUACAAGGAGCUGACGGUUUUCAUCGCCGCCGACACGGUUUACGCUCAGCCGGAUGUUCCUGUCCGGGUCCUUGAUUGUGAUACCAUCACUCAGGUAUGAAAUCCGUUAAUUAUCAUUGAAAAAAGGUAAAUGGGCGAAGCUUUAAAUAUGAAAAAGAGCUCGGACCGUGGUAACGCGAACGGGACGCGAAUCGGACGUGUCGGGGCAUUUCUAGUGACCUCUUUAGUAGCCUCAGCAUUCUUAAGUGAUCUCUACAAUCGCCCAGGAACGUCCGGAGCAGAUCCGUUUCGCGUUACCAAUGUCCGAGAGGAUAAAAUAGCUGAUUUCUUUCCAGAAACAUGUUUUGUGAUUUUUGAAACUUAUUAUUUGAACUGAAUGGAAUGUGAAGUGGUUGGGCGUUGGAACUAAUAAAGACGCUUGAUUGAGAAAAAUUUUCCGUGUUUUUAUGAGAAUUUUACAGGUGAAGGAAAAGUGUCUGGAUGUGAAAUACCGGGCCUACCGUUACUCGGACCGGCCGCUCGCCUCAGAACUCGACCUCGAAUGGAGGACUGGCGUCAACGGACGGAUGCUCUUGCAGGUAACGGAAAAUGGAAAACACACAAUUUGUACUUAUAAAUUCAAGACGACCCGAAAACUCUAGAACUAGCAUCAGUUCAACCUAGCCGUCGAAAAAGGGUCCUGACACGAUCUGAAAAAAUACCCGAUAGUGUCUGGUUGGUAGAGAGCGCAGACAGGCCAUGCCUCUUUCCAAACUAAUCAGCAGUUUAGACCUUAAAAUGGUUAUCGCCAAGAAAAGUUUGCGACAGAGCGCAAAAAUUGUGUGUAACCUUACAACCACUGAAUUUUUUCUGAUUUCCAGGACGUCGAUGCGACAUCGCGAACUGAGUCUGGAGGCUGGAAGAAGAUCAACACCCUGGGCCAUUACAACGUUCCAAACAACUCGAUUCUCGUCCUCUCCACCAAGCCGAACUCCAUCUACAACUUGGUUAUUUUUGAAUUUUUUGUUGUCUUAAGACUGUAUUAAUUUUUGCUCAAAAGUGGCCCAAAGGCGAUUGAAAUGUUUAACUUCAAUUUUUGCAGUCUCUGCUUUCCGAAAGGAGCGAAAAGUCGACGAUGAGCCUCAAAAAUAGUCCGACGAUGACGAGACCCUGGGCUGGUACCAACAGCAGCACUGCCUCGAAAGUAUGUUUUAUUGGCUAUUUUGGGGGAAAUUAUUGAUAUUUUUGAGUGGUUUUGGUUCGUCUAUCAAAUAUAUAAUAUUUUUUUAGAAGAAUAUGUUCUCUUACUUGAUAAAAUAUUGAAUUUUUAGGACAUGGACAACGGCUUCAAGCUCUACCAUCUGGUGAAGCCGACGGAGCACGGUCCCAAUGAUAACCAGGAGAAAAUGGUCACCGAGAUCUACUUGACCAGGUUUGGUUUUGGUAUUUGAAGAAAAGCCAUGGACUUUGCGAAGAUUUCUUUUUCCUAGAAUGACUUUUGACGUUUCCUAGUUCUGUGGGAUCUCAUGAACUAGUUUAAAGGCGCAGGGCAUAUCUUUACGAAUUUCGGUGGCCCGAAAGGAAAGCAUAUGAUGAAUAUAAGAUUUCCGCAUCUCUAAACGUCCUAGCAAUUUUUGAACUUCCUGCGCCUUUAAAAUUCACAUAAAGCUGUUUAAAGGCGCAGGGCAAUAUGAGAUUGUCUCUUAUUUAUUGACUUUCGACGUUUCCUUCGUCUUGAAGAAACUCAUGACGUAGUUUAAAGGCGCAUGGUAUACUCUUAGAAAAGUUAUUGGGGCGAAACCGUAAAUAAAACGUUCUCUGCAUCUCUAAACUUCCUUGUAAUUUUUUUUUUUUUGACCAGCUCGCGCCAUUAAUGUUCAAAAAAAGAUGGUUUUAGCCACAGGGGGGUAGAAGCUUAUCUGAGUUUUUUUUUUCGUUUUCCUCUCCGAAGGUAAGAUCAUGAGAGAGCGCAGAGGGCCAGACUUUGGAGAACACCUUGAAGAACGAAAGAAAAAAUGAGGAUUUCCAUUUUUCAGACUUCUGAUGAUGAAGGGAACCCUGCAAAAGUUCAUCAACGACCUGCUGGAGUCGAUAUUUUCGACGCGCUCCUCGCCCCUGCCGGCCUCCAUCAAGUACAUGUUCGACUUCAUGGACGCCCAGGCCUUGGAGCACGGGAUCACGGAUCCAGAGGUCGUCCACGCCUGGAAAAGCAACGCCUUGCCCCUCCGCUUCUGGGUCAACCUCAUCAAAAAUCCGUCAGUAUAGUUUUUGUUAACUAUAACAGGAUGACAUUUAUCAUAUGGUUUUCGAAAUAAUCGAUCUGUAUUAAAGUCAAAAAACCGAGGAGUUUAAGAGAGAGAAAAGUUGAUUCAUAAUGUAAAAAAUGCCCUGAACUGUUGGAUUUUAGAGCGAGUUCUCGAAUUUUUCUGGAAAUUCUAGAAAAGUUAGUGAAUUCCAUGUGAUCCUAGGUACAAGGGGCAUCAUCUGCAUUCUAGGUUCAAAAUAGAGUUGAUUCAAUAUUUUUGAGACCUUCUUUACAUUUCCACUACUCACUAAGAAUAGCGGCCACGAAAAACGCGAGGCGGUACAUUGACGAUAUCGCGAAAGUGCCGCACCUUGACGCGAUAUCGCGUUUUUCUUAACGCGAUUUCGCUUUUUAAAAAGUCCUCAGUUUUUUUAAGUUCCAUAGAAAGCAAGAAAAUCCGUUUGUAAGAUUUACUCUAUUACGACAUCGCUUUUCUCGCGCGCCCGACUACAUUAAGAAUAACUGCCAAGGGGCGAGAUCGCAAAAAUGCUGCUUCGCGUCUUUUUUGUAUUUCAUCUGGCGCGACAUCGCAUUUAGGAUUUUGUCAAUUUUUUUUUAAUCCUUGAGAAAUGCGAGUCCGGCGAGGCGACCAAGCGAUUCAUUUGCGACAUCGCUUUUCUCUCGCAGUUAUCUUUAGGGCUAACUCUUGUAGUUAUAGACUAUAUUCUAAUUGAGAAAAGUUGAAUUUUCAGACACUUCCUGUUCGACAUCAGCAAGCCAACCAAGGUGGAAGGAUGCCUCUCUGUGGUCGCCCAGACCCUGAUGGACGCCUGCUCGACCCAAGACCACCAAUUGACGAAAGAUUCCCCCUCGAGCAAGCUUCUGUUUGCCAAGGACAUGUAUCAGUACCGUGACUGGGUCGACAGGUGACAUUAUCACUUUACCUGCUAUCGCGCGUUUUUUUUUCGAAAGAAAAUGUCUGAAAUUUACGACUUUUUGGCGUCGUAACUAUCAAUUAUCAGCAUGAAGUUUUGCUUGAUAGCGUUGAGACUGAGGAAAAAAAACGGUUUAACGGUUUCAAGGAAUGUUUGAAAAUCAUUUCGACAUUUUCGAACUAAUGAUAGUGUUGACAGGGAUUAAUUUCUCAACUUGGGUGAGAGGGUCGCAUUUGGAAUGGCUCAGUGAUCAAUAGUUUGAAAGUUCAAACGUGACCGCGACACAUUGAGCCAUUCCACCUGCGACCACGGCGUUUAAAUUUAUGAGAGAGGUUCAUCUCUUGGAUUGAAAAUCGAUGGUCGCAUUUGGAAUGGCUAGACUAGCUUUGGAGUCGAUGGUCGCAUUUGGAAUGGCUGGGACGGUUGCUUCAGAGUUUGAUAGAUCGAAAAAGAAUUUUCAAUGCGACCCUCUGAGCCAUUCCAAGUGCGACCACGGCGUUUGAAUCUUUGAGAGAGGUUCACCUCUUAUUUUGGAACUCGAUGGUCGCAUUUGGAAUGGCUAGGUUGCUCUAUAGCCUGAUAGAUCAAAAAAAAAGUUCUAACCGCGACGCUCUGAGCCAUUCCAAAUGCGACUACGGGGUUUAAAUUUGUGAGAGAGGUUCACCUCUUGGAUUGGAACUCGAUAGUCGCAUUUGGAAUGGCUAGGUUGCUUCAGAACUUUAUAGAUCAGAAAAUAAUCUUCACUGCGACCCUUUGAACCAUUCCAAAUGCGACGAAAGCGUUUGAAAAAAUAAUAUGAGAGCGAAUUUUUUGACUUGGAAAGAAGGCGUUGGUCGCAUUUGGAAUGGCUUAGGCCGCUUCAGAACCUGCUAGAUCGGAAAAAAAAUUCUAACCGCGAUCAUCGCAACCAUUCCAAAUGCGACCUUAGCUUUUCGAACCCAAGUACUAGAUUUUUUAAAAUUUACCCAUCAAAACAUGUUAAAAACAUUGUCCUGUUCAGCUACUACACGGAAAUCUCGCGAGUGCCUCCGAUUUCCGACGCCGAAAUGGGCGACCUGCUGAGCAAGGAGAGCUCGGCCCGGCGCAAGGAGUUCCAGGUCUUCUCGGCGCUCAACGAGCUCUACAAGUACCUCGAUCAGUACAAGGAGAGCAUCAUGGACGCCCUCGAGAGCAACGAACACGCUCAAGCGAGCAGGUUACCUGGGCGCCUCCAGGUGUGUUUUUAGAUGCGAAAAACUUCAUCAUUAGCCGUGAAUCAUCAAAAAUUGAGUGGAAAAAAGUCCUUGAGAGAAUUUUCAUUUAAAAAAAAAAUAAUCUUAGGACUUGAAAAUCAAGUUAUAAUGAAAGAAAGACGGUAGAAAGAAAAAUUUCUGGUAUUUUUGAAAGACACACGAAAGUGUCGUCAAAUGAAGUGUUUGGUACGCAAAACUAUUCACGCCAAAAUGCACCAAAAUAAUAGUUCUGUAGGCUGAAAGAAAAUCAUAGAUAGAGAUUGACUGCAGAGACGUUAGAGAAAGAUAGACACUCUGACUUCUCUGGCGUCUCUUCAGGCCACCGUUGUUCUAUCCUCUUUCUUGAACUUUAAAAAAAAAUUAGGAUCAGUACUGAAAAAAUUAUAGAGAGUGAGAUAAUAGUGACGGCUGGAAGAGACUCCAGAGAAAGAGAAUCAAUCUGACUUCUCUGGCGUCUCUUCAGGCCACCGUUGUUCUAUCCUCUUUCUUGAACUUUAAAAAAAAUCAGGAUCAAUUCUGAAUUUCCAGGACAUGCUGGCGCUGAUGGAGUCGGAGUGCGGCCGGGCUACCGACUACGAAAGUUCGACCCUCGGCCUCGGCUACAAUUCCAACAGCCGAUUGAUGCCACGGGAUCGCAUUUAG